GCUUGGCAACAGGACGCCGCGCGGACCCUCGUGGUCCCGCGGGCUGAGAGGCUGUUUCCUGUCUGCUCUUUCUUGUCCCCGAAGCUCGGGUGGACGGAGGCGAGAUGUCCGAGGAGAACCCCCAGGUGUGCGCGGAGCCGGAGGAGCCCAAGGCCAAGGGCCCCCCGGAGAAAACCAGUGACUACUACCGCGUGAGCGAGGACCUGCCGGCCAGGUUCAACAACCCGGCGUGGUUUCGGGGCUACAGGGCCAAGGAGCCCCCCUCAGUGUACAGGACCAGUAACCAAGCUUACGGGAGCAGAGCCCCCACGGUGCAUGAGAUGCCGAAGGUAUUUUAUCCAAAUUCGCAUAGAUUUUCUAAACAACUUGCAGCUGGUGGAAUGUUCCAGAACAAUACUUUCAACGUGUACAUGGAGAAGAGCAUCGUGACAGGUCCCGACAACUACAUCACCUCCUUCGACCGGUUCAACUUCCACCCCAGCUACCGGGCCAACAAGCCGUCCAUCUGCGACUGAGGGGCAGCGGUGGGAGACCCUCCGUCCAGGGCCCUCCCGGCGCCGGCGGUGACGGUCUGGACAGUCGCCAGCCCUAGUCUUUGAUAAUCUGCCCAAUUGUAAAGGGACACGCUUUACUCUUCCCCUGCAAAUAUAGUAUUUUUCCUCUCUAGGUUAGAAAAACAUGCCACCAGGGCUGUGGUGCCCCCGCCCCCCCGUUUUACAUCUAAGAUGGAUCAGAGCUUGCCUUCCCAUUAAAGGCCUUGCCAUGUUUGCCCUGAAUUCCCGAGUCAUCUGUAGUCAAGGAACAGGGCGGUGGGUGUCCUGGGACCCCAGUCUCGGCCUGAAUGCUGGGAAUGCCCAGAUAGCCCUCCCUGUGUCUUUAUUUGAGAGCCAUUUUUUUGUUUUUCGUUUUUAAUUAAAAGAAAUUGGGGGAGAGUGUAGCUCAGUGGUAAAGUGUAUGCUUUGCAUGCAUUAAGUCCUGGGUCCAAUCCCCAGUACCUCCAUUAAAAAAACCCAAAAAACCUAAUUAUCCCCUCCAAAAAAAAAGAAAAAAGAAUUUAAAUACAAAAUCUUUUUUAUGGCGGUCCUGGGGAUUGAACUCAGGACCUCGUGUAUGCUAAGCAUGCGUUCUACUCUCCACCCCUCCUCCCGGGAGCCAUUUAUAUACUCGUGACAAGUUACAGAGCAGAUUUUCUGUUCUCAGGCAUCCUGCCAGGCCAUGGAGGGAGGGGAGGAUGCCCAGCCCAGGGUGUAGACGAGAGCUGGGCAGGGAAGCAGAGCAGACCCCGAGAGGGCAGUUCCAGGUGGGAGCAGGCGGGGGGCCCUUGCUGGCCCUGACCCAGAGGCCACGCUUGGAGUCGGACUGACCGUCCUCUGGCCACAGAUGAGGGCUGGGGCGGAGGCGGGACAGACAGACGAGGCUGGCGAGGGGUGAUGUGCGCCUGGCGGGGGUGGGGUGACGGUGAUGGUGGUGCUCCACUUGGUGUUCAGCUUACAUUUUCAAUAAAGAGUUAACAGCAGGCAGGGAAGAAUACAUCCUUCUCAAGUAGGGGUAAUAACUGCGUUAAGGGGACGUUCCUCUCUGUGUAGUCAGUUCUCAGCCAGCGUUUGCUGUGAUGCAGAGACCCCUCCGCACAGGGACGUUCUCCAUGACAGAAUGCGUCCUCCAGCAUCUUCCAGACGCGACGCUGCCCCCCUUGCUGUGUGGGAGCAGGGCCUGCUCGUCGCAGGAGACCUGGAAAGAGCUGGAGCCAGACAGAAGAAAUCACUGCCACAGACCAUCGACGCCACCUUGUCCACACAGACUUUGACCCGAAGAGAUUUUACUCACAUAAGGAUUUGGGAAGAAAUUCAAUGCCAUGACCGAUUGUUUCUUCAUUAAAAAUUUUUUAUUAUUAUUACACAAAAGUCAACAUUUUGGCAACACUCUUUUUAGGUUUAAAAAAAAUUAUUGUUAAUCUCUUUUUGGUGCGUUUUUAUUUAUUUUUAAAUUAACUUCUAUUUUUCUUUUUAAUGGAGGUUCUGGGGAUUGAACGCAGGACCUCAUGCAUGCAGGCAACAUUCUUAACGUUCAGUUUGGAGUGGGAAAUGGUUUCCAGGAAAAAUCAAUAUAUUGAGCAGAAAACACAAAGCUGAGCCUGAAGCCAGGAUUGUGUAACAUCCAGCUUCUCAGCUGGAAAGUCAGCGGAGACACCGGGGGUCGAGCUGCAAAUUAGUGUUUACAAGCUUUCAUUAAAAAUAUCAAAAUACAAGAAUGCUUCUGUAUUUAGACUCAAAUAAAACAAA